GUGAAAGCAAAUAAGGAAGUAACAAAAGCGCGCCGAAGGCUAACCUAAGAGUUGCUAGGGUAGCAACGGCAGAUUACACCACAAGAAAGCAGCGAAGGUGGGGGCUCCGCUAGGAACAGUAUAUAAGCAGGAUGUAUUCAGUACUCGAGGCUCUCUUCAACUGGGAUCUUACACUGACGAGCUUGUCACGGUGAGAACUCAAGAAGGAGUCCAAGGCGCUUUGUGGUAUAGUAUCAGAUUGAUGUAUCUUUGUUGAACUGUGUAAUAAAGUGCUUAUUUGAAGAAACAAUCCAUUGGAGUGCAAAGUCUAGUUUUGUACAGCUAACAGAGAAUAGUGUCUAGGACACAAUUCCUUUUCCCUCAGAACUAAGAACGGUCAUCGGCAGAUCCGGACAGCGACCCCGCUCUAGCCAUAUCCAAACGAUCUGCGCGGAGGACGUACCUGGUCCGGUAGACUCCAACAGCUUGGUGACCCCGACGUGAUGGUCUAGAGCAGGUAGUCUGGACACCGAUGACCUUCUGAGAGGACACCAAAAAACAUUGAGUUUACGGCUUUUACAAGAAACCAUCUCACACAAUCAAAAACCCGGGUAACUCAGAAUCAAGGUAAGCAUCUGCCUGUUACAACAAAUAGAUGUGUUUGAAAUACCACUAAAUUUUAGGAUUGUGUGAAAAUGGCAGAAAUAAUUGUCUCAGCUAAAAAGUAAAGAUAAAACGUAAAUAAAAUUGUGUGCACUAAAUAGAUCAACAAGGGCAUAAACAAAUCUGUGGUGAGAAGCGGGUGAAACCCGUAAUUUAUGAGGAUCCGCCGCGGUCCAAAGGGAAGGUGUAAAACUGGUCGCCGUACCAGUAGCCAUAGCACAGUGUAAAACUAGGCAAGGCCCUAGUAUCUAAGGAAGGUGUAAACCUGGUCGCCGUACCAGUAGCCAUAGUACAGUGUAAAACUAGGCAAGGCCCUAGUAUCUAAGGAAGGUGUAAAACUGGUCGCCGUACCAGUAGCCAUAGCACAGUGUAAAACUAGGCGAGGCCCUAGUAUCUAAGAAAAGGUAGAAGACUAGCAAAAGACGCUAGCAACCAGAGAAUCUAAUAAAGAAAGAUAAGGAAAAGUAGAAAAUGGAAGGCGAAUUUGCGAGAGAAGAAGCACUAGGCUUCAAAAUCCCAGAUGUACGUUGCGAGGUUUGGAAAGAAUGGGUGGAAGAAGGACAAAAGGAAGUUGAGAAAAAGGAUCACAAAAAAUGGGAAAAAGGGGUAGCAAAAUUGUACCGAAAAUUGACAGAUAAUGGCAUACUGACAGCACACAGACAAAGAACUAAGGAUAACAAAGGAGAGUUGUUAGGAGGGAAAGAUACGAAAGGAAUGUUCAAAAAAAGCCACCAAAGGGCUAGAAGAAGAGCUCUGUCGUCACAAGAGCAUAGACCCAGGGCGAUGGUCACUCAAAAAGAAAGCACACCAAAACCAACAAGAAAAACUAGAACAACUAAUUAGGACCUCAUAUGCCAUGGUCUCAGCCGCUGGCCGCCUGGAAGAAACAAAUAAAACCACCCCGGCCACACAAGCCCCCCUAGUAGCCGCGCCAGUAGCAGCACCGGCAGUAAAAAAACCCGCAGUAGCAGAACCCCCAAAACCAGCAGAACCCAUAAUCAACCAAGAGAAACACACGGCCGCCACCGCCCCAGCUCUCCUGUACCCCGAGCUCCCUAGAGAACAGCAUGAGGUGCCACCCCCGUAUAGCCCAGCCAACCCCUUCAGCCAGGCAGUGCUGCACCCUAUGAGGGCUGGACCCACCGACGGGUAUUACCAGAUAGAGGGAAAAGUCUUAUUAAACCAAACAUCCCCACCUUUGACCAGAGCAGGGGUACAAGGACCGUCCCCAGAUAGGAGAUACCAAGAUACCCCAUACCCUAGACAGGAACACAGCAAAGAAAGGGGAGGGGGAGCUAAAACAAGCGAGCAUGAAGACACAGAUACUCCCCGAAGAAAUGAAGGUAGGGCGUUAGCCGAGGCGAAUUUAGAGGCCGAGUUAGCACAAAGAAACAGAGACAGGGCCACCAGCACACCAAAAACACCCAAUCAAAGCAACUGGGGAGAAGGAGCAACUGGGGGACGGGAAGAACAGCAUAAGGGGGUAACAAAAGACUUGUUGGGCGAUUUUCUGGGAUCAUGGGACAAAGCAAGGGGAACAGGCUCAGGGGGAAGGACCACAAGGCGAAACUCAGUAACCAGCGAAGAAAAAGAAAGCAUAAGAUUGGGUUUAAAAAUGGGACAACAGAUAGAAAAAUACGAAGCCUCCGCAAAGAACCUGGAAGCAGAGAGCAGGAGGAGAGAUGAGGAAGAUGAAAGAGACACUAAACAAAAAGAGGCUGACAUAAUACGCCGAACAGAGGCCGCAGAAAGGAGAAGGGGAAGAGAGGAGGAAGAGCAAGAUGACAAACAGUGGGACGACCUGCUAGCAGGGGCAGACGAAGCAGAGGAGGAGGACGAGCCAGAAGAACAGGUCCUUCCGAUGCACUUACCUAGAACCCCUAGGACCAGAAAUGAGACUCUAGGGCAGAAAAACCGCGCAAGUAGGCCCAUGACCAUAGCUAUGACAGGAAUAAUAGAAUCAGGUUACGUUCCAGGAGCGGUGACUAGAGCACGAACGCAGAAAAGGCGACAUAACGCUACCCAAAUGCUAAUGACUGAAGCCAGCCCCCCACCAAUUCACCCAUCCUCUCCCGAGCCCCCGGCGAGACAGAUGCCCUUAAUAACUACUUCUCAGGGGGCCAGGGUGUAUCAACCUUUCUCCCUAUCAGAUUUAGGGACCAUGUCCGCCCAGAUGCCACCCCUGUCCCAGGGAGGGGCACCAUGGAUAAGGUCAUUCACAUCCCUAGGGGCGGGCCAAGCAUUAUGCCUUGGGGAUUUCCGCCGCAUACUAGGAGACCAGACAAAUGCCUUCGAUUUAGCGGAAGUAGAGAGAAGGGCUCAGACUGAAACAAGGGUGAACGAGGUACAGCUAACGACCGCUCUAAUUACCCAGUUAGGUAAUGCAGUCCGAACCAAGUGGCCCACAGAGCCAGAAACAAUCACUUUCGCAUUGAAACAUGGGGAGGACUGCUCUGCCUUCCUGAAUAGAGUAGAAGGAGAGUACAGAGACAUAACAGGGGCGCACCAUGCCAGUGAUCAGACGCACGCCAACCUGUUCAAAUCAGCAGUGUGGGCUGCUUUACCAAAGUCUGUAAAAGACGCUAUGGAAGACAACCCAGAGACCCCAUACCACACAAUGCCUACCUGGAAAAUACAUGUUUUGUUCCAUCACAAGAAAACCACAGACAAAGUGCAGAGUUUAGCAUCCAAGAAAGAGGAGAUAGAGCUCAAACUACUGCUAUCUCAGCUAGCGGUAUCCACCAAACAGGAGCAGGAAGGAAAAGAAACUAAAGGAAAGAAACAGAUGGCCCAACUUCCGGUUCCUAUUCCCACCCCCACUCCAGCCCCUCAGAUAAUGGCACCAGUACAACCAUAUGUGAUGGCCCCAGUCCAACAGUAUGGACAUCCCCAGCAGAUGGGAGCCCCCCAGGUGGCUUACACCAUUCCUAAUGGCCACUAUACCCCGGCACCAUACUAUCCUGGUGGACCGGCAGUUCAGGGCGGCUGUCACUAUUGUGGAAAACCAGGGCAUUACAUAGCAGCUUGCCGAGCCCUAACAGCAGAUAAGAACGCAGGUACGGUAAAGGCCUAUGCACAUCCCAGACCUCAACAAGCAGGGGGAUUCAGAGGAAGGGGAGGACCUGGCCGAGGGGGACAACAGUCAAGAGGGGGCUACCAACCGGAGCAGGUGGCCCAAGGCGUUUAUUAUCCAGCAGGACCUCCACAAGCACCCCCACCGGCAUUUCCCCAAACCCAACCCCCUCCACAACAGUGUCCCGUAUUCUAA